AUGGCCUCCUCAAUGACGACGCAACAUACCACUGCUGCCAGCCGGGCAAAAAGACUGUCGACUUCCGCUACACCCAGUCUGGUCAAGCGCGGGUCCGUAAUCAUGAUGAGGGACGGGGUGGGCGACGGGGACGUACCGUUGGAGAAAGAAUGUGCAAGUCUGAAGAAGAUUAAUGACGGGCUCAACAAGACCAACAACUCGCUGCGCAUCAGAAUAUCGGAAUUGGAGACCCUUAUCGAACAGGCCACCGGUCCAGAAGUGGAGAGAUUGUCAGAAGAGGUCUUGACUUUAGAGGAGCUGUUGAGCGUGACCCAAAGGCAAGCAGGCGAGCUUUCGGCAAUGGAUAAUGAAGCAAAGUUGACGGAAAACGAGAAGCAGAAGCAAUACGUAAAGGAUCUUGAAAACUUGUUGGGAACGCUAGCUGGCCCCUCGUGGAGAAUAGACCAUCAGCUCUCAGCGCCCUCUGUCCCUACUACCAACAUCUGCUCUGCCUCCACCCCGCUCCCAAAGCCAAAACCUAAGCAACUCUCGAGUUCGCUCCGCCACUCCGUAUCAUUCUCAUCUGGUCCCCCCGCAAGCAAGUUGCAUCGUCGGGCGAACAGUACCAUUAAUCUCGGUUCCAUGAUGGCUAGUGUAGGGGCUGGAGCGGGAUUAGGCGCUGUGGAAGAGAUGAGAGAGAGCGGAGGUCAAGACUCUACUCCGACUGGUGCCCUCAGGCGACUGAAUGGUGGGCGGUCGGUGAGCGCCAGGCCGGGCACUAGCGCUACCAAGGAGCUGGAGGAAAUACGUGUCCCUUCUUCACCCCCAGUCUCUCACAAGAGGGCUGCCGAACAGACCUCCGGUAGGGACAACGGAUAUGUCAACACCGAUCAGCUCAACAAGGUACUCCAUCUCCUUUCUACAAUCGAUCCCACCACCAUCUCGUCUCUCGUUGGCCGCGAGCUUCAAGACCAACAUCGACCUGGCCGAGGAGAAAUGAACGAGGUCACAAAGGGCGACAAGGAUAGGUCCAUCUUGGAGAAGAUGUUUGAGGAGCAAGAGAGGCGGCUGGCUGCCAGAGAGGAGAGGUUGGACAGGCUAGUGCAGAUUGUGAGAAUCGAGGAAGCAAGAUAUGAUUGGCGAGUGUAG